AUGGAGGCGCCGCCCGAUGAGCUCGUCCCGCCUCUGCCAACGAGCAUCAAGCCUAUUCCCACAACGUUUAUAUCUUCAUUGUCGGCAUGGUGGGGCUUAUCGCGGCGUCAAACGGCUGAGGCAGAACUCCAUUUGUACAAGGCCUCAGGUCUGUUUCAAGGUGCUGUUUUGGGGAAUGCCGCGCACGUUACCGAUGAUGGUCCUGAUGGGAUUGCACAGGCCUUUUACAUACACCCUCAACAGGAGAACAGGGGACCCAUACCAAGGAGCAAUGCCUUUUCCACGGUCGCGAAGCAGCUAGCCACGUCCGAGGCCGUGAAGGGCAAAGUGGGAUGCAUUCGCAACAUCCAUUUGCACGGCACAAAGACAGGCACUUGGAUAUGGCCUCGCUAUGCAUCGCGUUAUAUUCAUAUGCUAGAGAUCGGAACACCAAUCCGCAAAAUCGAGCGGCCUAAGGACGAGAUGCAGAUUGUCGUAGUGCACGGCUACGGCGCAGGCGGUGCUUACUUUUUUCGCAACAUUCGCGCGUUAGCCAGUAUACCAAACUCGCGGCUAUAUUGUCUCGACUGGCUCGGUAUGGGUUGUUCUUCUCGCUCGCCGUACAGGAUGCGAGGCACUGCUCCACGGACGCAAGAGCGCGUGGAAGCCAGUGAAACGUUUUUUCUCGAGGCACUCGAAGAGUGGCGCGACAAGAUGCAAAUUGAGAAGAUGGUCCUGGUAGGCCAUAGUCUCGGUGGCUAUCUUUCCACAGCCUAUGCGCUCAAGCACCCCGAACGUGUAUCUAAACUCGUGCUCGUAUCGCCGGCCGGCUUCCCUGAUGGGACUGCGAAAGAGAUCGUAGGCAACGAUCCGCGCGUACGCAGAUUCGGUCCGCGUACAUUGCGUUUCAUGGGCUGGCUCUGGGAUCGAAAUGUCAGUCCAUUUGGUAUUCUGCGCGCAUCCACCGUGUUUGGGCCGAUGAUCAUGGGCAUGUACACGCGACGGCGCUUCCAGACGUUGACACCGGAAGAGCUACAGACUCUACACGCUUAUUGUCAUGGUAUUUUCACUGCCAAGUCAAGCAGUGAGCAAUGCCUGUGUGAUAUCCUUGCGCCUGGCGCAUUUGCGCGCUACCCUCUCGUCCAUCGAGUGGCACCGCUCAGAAUGCCUAUGGUGUUCCUGUAUGGUGAACAUGAUUGGAUGGAUAGAGCAGGCGCAGACCAAGCACAAGCGAUCCUACAUGAGGCCGGGAAUCACAACGUACAGGUGCAUACGGUCAGCCGUGCCGGGCACCACUUGUACCUCGACAACCCCGCUGAAUUUGGGGCCCUCGUCCAAGAAGUGUUGGCCUCGUAG